AUGGAUGCAAAGCCUCGUGUUUGUCUUGCCUACUCGGGCGGUCUUGAUACCAGCUGUAUUCUCCGCUGGUUGAUCGAGGAGGGCUAUGACGUUGUCUGCUUCCUCGCCAAUGUCGGUCAGGAAGAAGAUUGGGCGGCCGUCGAGCAGAAGGCUCUGAAGAUUGGCGCAAAGAAGAUGAUCAUUGAAGACCUUCGUGAAGAGUUCAUCACCGAGCUCUGCUUCCCCGCCAUCCAGUGCAAUGCCAUCUAUGAGGGUCGUUAUCUUCUUGGCACCAGCUUGGCUCGUCCUGUUAUCGCUCGGGCGCAGAUGCGCGCAGCCCAGCGUGAAGGCUGCCAGUAUGUCAGCCACGGUGCGACUGGCAAGGGAAAUGACCAGGUCCGAUUUGAAUUGGCUUUCUACGCCAUUCAGCCGUCGAUCAAGAUCAUCGCUCCUUGGCGCGAUCCCAAAUUUUUCAACCGCUUUGCCGGCCGCAAUGAUCUCCUUGACUACGCUGCUCAGACCGGCAUUCCGGUGACGUCCACCAAGGCCAAGCCCUGGUCAAUGGACUCCAACUCUGCGCAUUGCAGUUACGAGGCGGGUGUUCUUGAGGAUCCUGACCACACUCCCCCUUCCGAUAUGUGGACCAUGACCGCCGACCCCCUGACCGCUCCCAACCAGCCCACCGACAUCACUAUUCAGUUCGAGAAGGGUAUCCCUACUAAGCUGACAACCCCUGAGAAGGAGUACACCGACCCCGUUGAGCUCUUUAACACGCUUAAUAAGAUUGGAUUUACCCAUGGUAUUGGCCGCAUUGACAUCGUUGAGAACCGAUUCAUUGGCCUGAAGAGCCGUGGAUGCUACGACUCCCCUGCUAUGACCAUCCUUCGUGAUGCGCAUCUUGACCUUGAGGGUCUUGUGCUUGAUGGCCAGGUUCGCGCUCUGCGUGACCAAUUUGUUACCCACAAUUGGUCCACCCUGCUCUACAACGGCUACUACUUUAGCCCCGAGCGGGAGUUCAUUGAGAAUAGUCUCACAUUUAGUCAGAAGGCAAGUCGUGUCAACGGCCAGGUCCGCCUGCGCUGCUACAAGGGCAAUGCCUACAUUCUCGGACGCUCCAGCAGCACUGAGAAGCUCUACGACGCCGAGGAAGCCUCCAUGGACUCCUUGGAAGAUUUCGAGCCCACCGACACUACAGGCUUCGUUGCCAUCCAGUCGAUCCGCCUUAAGAAGUACGGCCUCCAGAAGGCCGAGGAAGGCGAGUCUCUUAGCCGUGCUUAA